CCGGCUGGCCGGCAGCUCUAUCUCCGGCCACGGCACACUGACUCCACGAACACGUCCUUCAAUUCGAUCCUAGCUAGCUAGCUUCUCAAGCCACCAGCACGUCACGUACGACGACGGCCAUGGCCGCCAAAGCUAGAACCACCCACCACUCUCUCUUCUCCCUCCUCGGCGUCCUCCUCUUGGUACCCAUCGUCACCCUCGGCGGCGGCGCAGAUGGCGGCGUCGUCGGCAGCCCUAGCCGGUGCCCUCGCAUCCCGUCCAUGACGGCGCAGCAGGCAUGCAGCGAUGUCUCCGGGACGCAGCACAUGCUCGAGCUCUGCCUCCGCACGCUCCGCCGCGGCGUACCGGUACCAGUACCCGUCACCCGGCACGCCGCGGUGGCCGUGCGCGGCGCGCUGGACGCGUACGCGGCAACGGUGGCCGCGGCGACGUCGCUGCUGGACGGUGGCGCGGUCCCCGCGGACGACGAGAGGGCCGCGUUCGGCAACUGCAUGGUGGGCUACGGCAGCGCCCGCGUGGCCAUGGCGCGCGUCGCCGAUGACCUGCGCCUGGUUGCGGCCGGCGGCGGCGGCGGCUGCGACGACGACCGGGCCGCGGAGCUCAAGGCGGGGUACACGGCCGGGCUCCGUGGCAUGGACGGGUGCACGAGGGGCAUGCUCGACUACCCGGCGUCGCCGUUGUACGCCAGGAACCUCGCCGACCGGAACAUGACCUUGCUCGCCGCCUUGCUCUGCAGCCUGGUGCCUUGAAGACACCAUGAUAUGUUAAUAGUCACUAGCGAGAGAGCAUUCGGUUGCAGUACUAAUAGCCUUGUUAAUUGGUGUAACUAGGCAAACAAUUAAAUGUGCCAAAUGAUUUGCCAUUUUGAGUUCUUUGAUUGAA